CCACUCGUCGCCGCCACCUCCUCUCCUUGCUCCUGGUCUCCCUCUUCCACUCUCCCCCCACCCCCAUCUCCUCUUCGGACCUCAGCUCGACAGCCAUGAGGCAGUGGAAGUCGCUGGUCCCCGCGCUUCACCUGCACGCCCCCGGCGCCGCGGCGUCCUGCUUUCCGCACCCGCCGUCGCCGUCGCCCUGCCCCUCGCCGCCCCGGGAGGAGGAGGACCCGGCGUCCCUCCUCCCUCCUCCGCCGCCGGAGAAGGAUGGCAAGGCGAAGGUGGUGCGGCUGGUGGGGUGCGACGGGCGGGUCCGGGCGUACCCGCCGCCGGUGACGGCUUGGGAGCUGAUGCAGCAGCACCCGCGGCACCUGGUGUGCCGCGCCGACGCGCUGCUGAUCGGGGAGAAGAUCCCCGCCGUGGCGCCCGGGGAGGAGCUGCAACCCGGGCAGGCCUACUUCCUCCUCCCCGCGCACCUCUUCCGCUCCGUCCUCUCCUUCGUCUCCCUCGCCUCCUCGCUGCUGCUCCUCCUCUCCACCGCGGGCGCCGCCGGCAAGGCCGCUGGCAAGCAGCAGGGCCGGCCGUUCGAGCUCCACCGCACCGCGUCGGGGACGCUGCAGAUCAAGUUCUCCGACGACUUCCUCGUCGGCGGCGGCGGAUGCGGCGGGGCGUCGGACGAGACGCCCGCGGCCGAGGCCAAGCCCGGCGUGCUGCGCGGGGACGCGCGCCUCGCCAAGGACUACGAGGAGCUGGUCGGGUACGGCAAGUCCCGCCGCUGGGCGCCCAAGCUGGAGACCAUCGAGGAAGUCGUGGUGGCAGCCGCCGCCGCCUCACCCGACGCCGCGGCGCCCACCCCGGAGCGCAGGAGGAGCCGCGCGCUGCCGUUCCUCGGGCGCCUCGGCAGCCGGCGCCGGCGGGACACCUGCAGCGGCGGCAGCGCCGUUGCGUGCUCCGGCUAGCUAGGGUUGAUCGGUCCGGUAGCUUAGGUAGCCGACGGCGCCGGCGCCGGCGGCUGGUUCGCCUCGCCGGCGUCCGUCCUGAUCUGUAAUUAGGGGAGACAACAAAAAAUUUUGGUGCUAAUGAAAUCUGUAAAAAUUGGGGGUGAUGGACUGAUGGUGGCCGACAGAUUUUCCUC